AUGGAAGAAUCACAGCUAGACGUUUUCUCGUCGGAUUUAUGGCGACAUUCGCCGUCUGUCGAUUUGUUCUUGGCAUCUGCAUCGCCUGUUUCCUCUGCUGGUACUCAUACGACGGGAACAACAACAACGACAGGGACGACGACACAUACUGACGAAAGCGUUGACACACAACUCCGGCGCUCCGAUGAUACGGCGAGUUUGAAUAACGCAUUGGGUGAGAACGCAUUAGAAUCGAUUCGACGACAGCGAGCGCAGAAUAAACUCAUUCAUUUGGACCCAAUUCCAGAUUUUAAGGACCGAAGCGAGAUCAAACCCUGGCUCCAGAAAAUCUUCUAUCCACAGGGAAUAGAGAUCGUGAUAGAGCGAUCAGACAGCGCGAAAGUAGUUUUCAAGUGUAAAGCUUCCAAACGUACCAAACAAUCAAUGUGGCGGAAAGGUUCCGCGGGCGGGCCCACUUCUGUCAACGGCGGCACUGAGGAGGCUGAAACGCCUCUCGCGGCGCAAGCCGUGAAACGGUUACAACAAGGAAAGAAGAAGAGGUCUGUUUCUCCGUUCAACACUUGCCCAUUUCGAGUGCGGGCGACGUAUUCUUUGAAAUUGAAGAAAUGGAACAUUGUCGUCAUGAAUAAUGGUCAUUCGCACCCAUUGAAAUUCAAUCCUGAAAGUGAGGAUUACAAGAAAUUCAAAAACACUCUCAGGAAUGAGGGAGACUGGGAUGCCGUGCGUAAAUUUGACGAACUCGAAUAUCGUGCCAAAUUCAACCUCCCCACAGAACCUGAACCGAUUCCGUGCGACUGUGGUCUAACUCAAGAAAUUGAAUUUUUCAACAUCGUCCUACCCACAGCCAAUUCAACUUUGAAUUCCAGCUCAGAAACGAUAACAAAGCCGCGGCACAAAUCAGAGAUCUCACGCAAACACAAGGCGUAUAAAGAAAAAGUUUUAAAUCAAACGGAGUCUGAUACGCGAUUUCAACAAAAAUUAGAUUUCGAUCCAGAUAGCGUGAUGUCGACGCCUAAUUUAGCCCAUUUACAGCAUCAGAUAUCUGAGACACCCGUUACCACUCAAGGUAAUAUUAAUGAACAAAACUUACAGGAAGAGAUUGACUUCAACAAUUUUUUCUUGAAGCCAACCUCUGGGCCGACUCCCCAUAUCAUUCACGAGGUGAAGGAAGAUCUGAACGCUAAUUUGCCAGGACAUUUAGAUUUUGAUCAAAACCUGCUUGAUGCGUUCACCAUGCCAGCGUGGACACCCCCAUGCGAAGCGUAUAGCACGGAGACCGGUCAAGACGACAGUGUCCGUGCUACAAGCAUCAAUUCUGUUACACACUACAAUUCUUCACCCGCAACAAACCUGCUCUCUUCCGAUAUGGGGAACAUUCAUUUGGUGGACAGGCAAUCGCGUCCUCAGCCAAUAGACAACGACACGAGUAAUACACAGUCCCCCCCAUGGGGCUCUCAGCAUGACAUUUUCCGUUAA